AUGGCAGAACCAGAGAUCCCCCAAACCUGCCCAGCAGGCGUCGUAGUAAACCCCGGCCCCAACUUCCACCUCGAAGUCCACGACGUCCCUGUCCCCAGCCCAGGCCCUAACGAGCUACUUCUCCGUCUCAACUGCACCGGUCUCUGUAUGAGCGAUGUGCACUACAUGCUCAACGACCUCCCUUUACCGAAGCAGAUGCAGGAUUUCGGCGUCUACUCGCCCGGGCACGAAGGGGCGGGCGUGGUGGUGAAGGUUGGGGAGCAGGUUAAGGGGUGGAAGGUUGGGGAUCGAGCGGGCGUGAAGCCUAUGUGGGAUGUUUGCCAUAAUUGCGAGCAGUGUUGGACGGGUAUCGAGCAGUGGUGUGGGAGUAAGUUGAACACGGGGAUUGAGGUUGUCGGGACUUAUCAGCAGUAUAUUACCAGCCCCGCGCUCUACACCACAAGAAUACCAGAUGGUGUACCUGACGAAGUCGCCGGACCGAUCAUGUGCGCUGCCAGCACGAUGCAUCGCGCUCUGACCGAUUCCGGGCUGAAGGCAGGGAAAUGGGUCGUCUUCCCAGGCGGCGGAGGUGGCGUCGGCAUUCAAGGAGUGCAGUUGGCGAAAGCCAUGGGGAUGCGCCCCAUCGUGAUCGACACCGGCGACGCCAAAGAAGCCCUCGCAAAACGCUGCGGCGCCGUCUUCAUCGACUUCAAAAAGGAAUCCAAUGUGGCGGCCAAAGUCGUCGAGACCGCCGACGGCAUCGGCGCGCACGGUGUCAUGGUGACUGCGUGGCAGACUUACAAAGACUCCAUCUCGUACAUCGGCAGCCGCAUCGGCGCUAUUAUCACCUGCAUCGGCCUGCCACCCACCGACGCCGACGUAACAGUCGGUGCAAACCCGCUCAUCUACGCGGCGCUGAAGCUGACGAUCACCGGCUCGAUUGUGGGCGACAUGCAGGACGCGGCUGCGGCGUUGGAGUAUGCGCGGAGAGGCGAGCUGCAGAGUAUCUGUGAGGUCCGAGGGUUGAGCAAGUUUCCGGAGAGUGUGCAGCAGCUGAAGCGUGGAGAGGUGGCGGGGAGGAUUGUUAUUGAUUUCAACAAGGAGUAG